CUGAGAAAGCGGAAGGUUUUACAAUGCCAAUGCAUGAAUAGUUAAUAAUACAAGGUAGAAUGUAUUCAUACGUGUAUUUUAAGGUACUAAUGAUGUUAAAUAAAAAGUGAAAAUUGUAUAAAAUACGCGCACGCAACUACAACAAUAUGCAAUGCAUGCGUCCGUCCACAAUCCAUACAUGACUCGAUCCACAUGAUGCACACACGCAUCAGAGUUACAGACCUAGAGAUAAGUAUGUGCUGGCUCAACACUCUCAACAGAGAAGUGAAUGCAUCAUCAGCAGGAGUCCAACAGUUUUGAAAAACAGCUGAUCCCAAAUUCGGAGCUCUGCUGACUCUGCUCUCCUCUCUUAUAUCUCUCUGCAUGGUAAAAGGCAAUAGGUGAGCAAGUGUACAUCUAUCAAACAACUAUAAUUGUCUGGCAAGACGGCCGCCUUCGUCUUGCACACAUGCUGCCGAGUGUCUGCUGUCUCGCCAAAGUGCUUAGAAGUCUACAGUUUUGACAGUUGUCAGAAAUUGGUGAAAGGCAUGAGAUGGAGGAAGAGCCCACUGAUCCACAUGAACAGAAACUUUUUUUUGUGUACAAAAGCUGCCUAGCCAAUGGACAAAGUAAGCUGAGCAAGGAUGGCCUACUGCAUCUCUGCAAUAAACUUGAACUGGACCAAAGUCACAAAGAAGCAAUAUUUGAAUUACUCAAGAUCGAGGAGAGUCAGAGUUUAGUUCCAUUCAUCGAAUUCCGUGAUGCCUUUGUUACCCUACUGGAUGAAUUUCAAAAGACGCCUAUCAAUGGUUUGGAAAAGGAAAUUAACGGUGAAUCAGAUAUUAUUCUUAAAAACGGCACUAUGUGUACCAAGUACAAUCACCAAUUGGAAGAAAAGAAAAAGCCAGAGGCUAAAAAUUGCCAACGAAUUGAGACAGAUGCAAUCAUCAAUUAUCAACGGUUACCGGAGACGUGGACUAAUCAAAAUUCCCCUACAGAGAAUAUAAAUUGUUUUUUAAAUGGAGAUUCAACCCUUUCCAAAAAUGCCAUCCAAAUUAUCUUUGAAAAGUUAGAUACGGAUUGCGACGGCUUAAUCAAUUUAAACGAUUUUUUAAAUUUUUUUGAGAGUUCUAAUAAACUAUUGGAACAUUUUAACGUGACUUGGUCCAGUCAUUUACACAGGGAACAAACAAAGUCAGAUAGUUGUAAGGAUUUCGAACAUAAUCAAACCGGCUCCACUCCAAGAAGUGCCAUUGUAGAACUAUGGGAGGUUGCUGGAGUGACAGAUGCCAGUUCCUUAUUGCUUUCCUUAGGCUUUAACGGCCCUACUGUUAACUUUAUUGACUUAUCAAAUGCCUUAUCUUCCGAGCUUAAGCUUCACCGUGAAGUAUCUCAUGCUGGAAAUGUUGGAAAUUACGUGCGUCUACUGAAAGGAGCACUCAUUCUUUAUCAAGAGGAAGUUCGAAAUUUGAAUUUGUCAAUGGAGCACUUGCGCUGUGAGCGCGACAAACUUCGCUUGGACCUCGGCGAGGCGAACGACCGCGCGAAUCUAUUCGCGCAAGAAAUUGACGAGCAACAGGCUCGAAUGGACAAAUUUCGUGAGAAUCAGCUGCGCCAGCUCGAACAUCGUCAUACCGAGGCACUCAAGAGCCUGAGCGAUCUGCAGCAGCUCGAGCGUGAGAAGAGCACGGGUGUACUCAAGACAUUGGAGGAACAGCUCCAAGCUUUUCAGCUCGAAGAACUGAGGCUCAAGGCUGAACUUGCUAGUUUGCUGAAGGAUCUGAAAGAGUUGGAGAACGAGAAUCAGAGCCAGAGUGAAGAGCUGCGGAAGGUCGAGGAGAGCAACGAACAGUUGAGCUUGCAGGUAUGCGAGCUUGCUGUUGCGCGUGAACAGGUAGAGAGUUUCGAAACGAAGGAGAAUGAGCAGUUCGCGGAGCUCUCGGAUCAUAUCAGACGUCUCCAGACGGAGAUCAAAGUCUUGAGGGAUCACAACGACGAGCUGACGUCCGAGCUAGAGACGAUCAAGCAUCGAGAUAACGAUGCCAAGAGUGUAGUGUCGAGUGUAGAUGUUAGAUCCACGAUAUCGGACGAAAAUGACGGACUUACAAGCAUGCCUAGCGACACGGAAGACGAGGAAAAGCGAUGUUCUGAUCAUUCCAAAAUGAACAAAACUACCAAUGACACAGCGACAAUAACGACACCGCAGGGUAAGCCAUCAUUGGAAAACAGCAGUCAUAGCAGUGCUGGUAGUAUUAAUAAGCUCAGCGAGAUCAUACAGGAGUUCCGUAAUUUUCUUACGAGCGCCAAGUUUUGCGCAGAGUGUGCGAUAUUAAGGACGGAGGUGUCCUCGUUGAUCAGCGAAUUGGAAUUGUAUCAGUCAAGUGUACCGCCAUCGAUAAAAUCAACAGCAGCUCAGACUACUAGGAGACGGAAGCACCUAAAGACUCUAGACGUUGAACUGGAAGCUGAAAAUAGUGGGCGCAGAAACAAAAGUCUUGGAGCCAUCCCUAAAAAUAGAAAAUUGAUGCACAGUAAAAGAAUCUCACGUAGCGCUCAAGCGUUAAAUGAUUUGGAAAAAAGUUUUAAUGAUUUGGCUUUGGGUGGUGAAAAUGAAUCGUCGAAUUGUAACGAUAGGGAUGACAACAGCAUAGCUGAAGAGAUUGAAGAAAAAAGUAAAGAUUUGGACCAGGUGCUCGUUGAAAAGUGGCAACUUAUUGAAAGGUGUGCUGACCUAGAAAAAAGUCUGGAAUUAUUGAGAAAUGAAUACGAAGAGUGUGAAGAUUACUGGGAGAGCAAACUUGAGGAGGAACGUCAACUUUUCGAGCAGGAGCAAAAAAUAAGCGAUGAAAAAUUUGCCGAACUCCUGGUUAAAAUGGGCGAGUACGAGGAACUGUUCUCAACUGAAAACAAACGAGACGGCCGUCUAUCGCCAAUAGAAGAGCGAGCGAUGCUCGAGCAGCAAUAUACAGCACUUGAAGAAGAGUACGAGCGAUGGAAACUUGACGCUCAAGAAGAACUAAAUAGAAAAGAAGAGGAAAUCGAUGAAUUGAAAAUUAAAUUAGCAAAUGGUAAAAGACGACGUGAAUCUUUGAAAGACAACGCUGUACAAUUUCCCGAUGAGCAGAUGAAGAUCGCAUUUCCGGCUCUCUACAACAAUCUUUGCUCAUUACCCAGUGGAUCUAUGGACAACAGCGGAGUGGAUAAGGUCGACGCUACGGUGCCUAUUGAUCAAAAAUUCGAGCCCCCAUCACCGUGUUCCAAGUGCCACAAAACAGCACAUUGUAAUUGCAACUGUGGUGCGAUUAACCAGCAACAAUUACCAGAACAAUCGGCAAGAGAUCAGAAAUCGCGAAGGGGUGAGGGCAGGAAUCGUCAUCACCACCAUCACCAUCAGAAAAGGCCGAAUAUGGAUUACGAGCUAAUGAAUCUUAUAAAACAAAAGGAGAAACUUAAGCAGGAAAUAAUGAGACUGCAAAGUUAUAAAACUAUGAGUACUAAUUACAAUUAUUCUUUCACUAAUCCUGCCGAACAAAGCGUCGUAACAAAUUUGUAUGCAAAGUUGUUUGCUCAAGAGCAAAAGCAUAAGUAUUUACAGUAUUGCCUUACUACUCAGCAAAAAGAAAGCGAACGAGUGAUCCAAGGGAUGUGGAAGCAACACAUCAUGGAAACACAAGAUUUACGUUUUGCCAUAAAACAUAUUGAAGAUAAGCUUAAGCAUCAGAUAAAAAUUAUUAGGGAUCAGAACAAUAAAUUGAUCAAAGCAGAUAUCCAGACGAAGGAAUUGUAUGUGGAAAAUGCGAAAUUGACUGAUACGAUUAAGCGAUUAGAGCAGCACUGCCAGAUUCUAACGCAAAGUCGCAUUGAGUCAACGACAGAAACCUGAUCAAGGAAAAUCAAAUAAUUAUAAUACAUACAAUAUUGUGAAUUAGUUGGUGAGAAAUAGAUCUUAGGGAUCAGAUCGAAUUAGAGGUAAUUGAAAAAUCGAAAAAUAUUUAUUAAACAGAUACGUAUGAUUUAUUUAAAGGUUCGCGUUAAAAAAAUGAACUUAUAGAAUCAUAAAAAAAAAAAAUUAAAUUCCAAUAUCCACGAUAAUUCCUUUGAAAAGUUUGAUUCCAGCAAUACUUAAAUAUUGUAAUAUUUAUUGGUAAGAUGAAUAAUUUAUAAAAAUACAGAAUCCAUAUGUUCGUUUAUUAACGAACAUCAGUUGCCUUAAUAGUUUAAUUUAUCAUAAAUACGUACAUAUAUUUGUAUAUAGAAAUGAACAUUUUAAAAAGAUUAUUUCAAGAGCUAAUAAUGAAUUAUUGCAUAAAAGAAAUAAAUCACAGCUUUAUAUACGUUUAUGCAAAGUAUAGUAAGUAAUAUAUCGCAAUAUGUUACAGAUUUGAAAAUUAAUUUUUUUUAAAUUUGUAUAAAAUAUAUUACGAAUAAUGCUUAUUUGAGCACAACAAAUAAAUGGCUGACAAAACGGUAUAAUGUAUAAAUAAUACGAUUCUACAAGAAUCUGCUAAAAAUUAGCGAUUCCUAAGUCAUAAUAUAAGGCGUAUAAAUUAUUAUUAUUAUUAUUGUUAUUGUUGAAAUUGUAUUUAGCCAUUUUAAAAGAGCUCUAUCAAUACGAACACCAUGAAUGAAUUUAAGCCUCAAAAAUUGAUUUGGAGCUUUAAUUUUUUUGGAAUCAAUCGCAUUUGAAAUUUAAUUUAUUCCAUAAAGCUCGAAAUAUGCAACAAUGAAAUUCACUUUUAAAAAUAAGUAGCACGGCACGAGCGUAUAACUAGCUGUGAUAUGUACGAUAAACGCGUGCUUUAUCAAACUUGCGAGCAAAUUACAUUUUUUUAGCGAGUCUAACUGAAAACUGUCAUUUAGCGUGUAUGCAAAUAAAAAGCGAGAAAAAUGGAACGAUGAUAUUAACUACGAUCAAUUUUAGUAUUACUUUCAGGAUAAUAUCUUUAAGCAUUACAAAAAAGAAAACCUGAGCUUUGAUUGUACCUAAUGUGCGUGUGUGUUUUUUUAGUUUAGUUAAGAGUAUGUUAAGAUGCAAUAGAGUAAUGUGAAACGGGUAUAUAUUUGUAAUUGAAUAAAAUGAAGAGAACCGGUACAGAAAGAACAAACGUGAAGAGUUAUCAUGUAACAUGUAUUUAACGUUUUUCAUAUGAGAUAAAAGAAACAAAUAUUUAUUGUAAACGAUUGUUGUAAAAAUGAAACGAGAUUAAAGUUAGUACACGAGUUGCAGAAUAAGUCAAAACAAAA